AUGUUGAGCACUCUCUCCCGAGGAUGCCGUAUGGCCGCGGUUCGCAACUAUUCGUCAGCAACCCUUGACGCCAGCGCUCAAGUUCUCGACGAGCAAAAACCAAUGGAAGAACAAGUGAAUCCAUCGUUCUACAAAAUGGUUGACUACUAUUUCAACAAGGGAGCCACCGUUAUUGCUCCAAAACUCGCCGAAGAGCUCAAAUCGAACUCGUUGAGCAAGACCGAUAAGAAGAAUCUUGUUUCUGGAAUAUUGGGAGCUAUCAAGCCAGUCAACAAGGUGCUCUACAUCACUUUCCCAAUUCGUAGAGAUAAUGGGGAAUUUGAAGUUAUUGAGGCGUGGAGAGCUCAACAUUCUGAGCACAGAACUCCAACCAAGGGAGGAAUCCGUUAUUCUUUGGAUGUUUGUGAAGAUGAAGUUAAGGCUUUGUCGGCUUUGAUGACCUACAAAUGCGCGGUUGUUGAUGUUCCAUUUGGUGGAGCUAAAGGAGGAGUUAAAAUCGAUCCAAAACAAUACACCGACUACGAAAUCGAAAAGAUCACCAGAAGAAUCGCUAUCGAAUUCGCGAAGAAAGGAUUCCUCGGACCCGGAGUUGAUGUUCCAGCCCCAGACAUGGGAACCGGAGAAAGAGAAAUGGGUUGGAUCGCUGAUACCUACGCUCAAACCAUCGGACAUUUGGAUAGAGACGCAUCGGCCUGUAUCACUGGAAAACCAAUCGUUAGUGGAGGAAUUCACGGAAGAGUUUCAGCGACCGGAAGAGGAGUCUGGAAGGGAUUGGAAGUGUUCACCAAUGAUGCGGAUUAUAUGAAACAAUGCGGUUUGACCACCGGAUUGGCUGGAAAAACUGUCAUUAUUCAAGGUUUUGGUAAUGUCGGUUUGCACACACACAGAUAUCUUCAUCGGUUAGUUUUGUCUACAGCUCCUAAAAUCCCGGGAAUUUUCGAAUUUUGCCACUCAUCUUGAGCUCUAUCGUUAUUAUCGGGUCCAAAACUACUGGCAAACAUAUAUUUGGUUAAAAAUCUGAAGCUGGACUUCGGCUAAAUGGCAUUUUCAUGUUUUUCUAGCAAAUUAGUUGAAAUAUUGGAUUUUAAUCGUAUUUAGAGGAUAGAAUGGUCUAAGACAAACCGAAUGAUACAAAUUUUUAUGAGUUUAUGUUAACCUUAAGUGAUUUAUCGGCUUAUCGACUAAAUAUAGACUAAACCUCGCUAAAUCACUUAAGGUUAACCUAAAGUCAUAAAAUUUAUAUCAUUCGGUUUGUCUUAGAGCUUUCUAUCAUAUGAAUACGAUUAAAAUCCAAUAUUUCAACUCAAUUUGCUAAAAAAACAUGAAAAUGCCAUUUGGCCGAUGUUCAACUUCAGAUUUUUAACCAAAUAUAUGUUUGCUAGUAGUUUUCGACCCGACGAUAACGAUAGAGCUCAAGAUGAGUGGCAAAGUUAGAAAAUUUCCAAAAAUCGAGUUUUAGGAGCUGAAAACUAGCUGAUUUUCAAGAAACUGAGCAGCGAUAUGCUAGUUUUCAGCUCCAAAAAUCCCGGAAAUUUUCGAGAUUGAAAAGUUGAAAAAAAAAUCAAAAAUCAUUUCAGCGCUGGAUCGAAGGUCAUCGGAGUGCAAGAAUACAAUUGCGCCAUCUACAACCCAGACGGAAUUCAUCCAAAAGAAUUGGAAGACUGGAAAGACGCCAAUGGCACCAUCAAAGGAUUCCCAGGCGCCAAGGAUUUCUCACCAUUCACCGAUUUGAUGUACGAGAAAUGCGACAUCUUGGUGCCAGCCGCCUGUGAAAAAUCAAUCCACAAAGCCAAUGCUCACAAGAUCCAAGCCAAGAUCAUCGCCGAAGCCGCUAAUGGUCCAACAACUCCAGCCGCUGAUAAGAUCUUGUUGGCUCGCGGAGAUUGCUUGAUUAUUCCAGAUAUGUAUGUCAACUCUGGUGGUGUUACUGUUUCAUAUUUCGAAUGGUUGAAGAACUUGAAUCAUGUUUCAUACGGUCGUCUUACCUUCAAAUAUGAUGAAGAAGCUAACAAUUUGCUCUUGGGUGGGUUUUUUAUCGAAAUUUUGAAACGAUUAAAAAUCUCUUUGUUUACUGGUUCUUUUUAUCAAAUAUCAUCAAUUUAUUAUCAAAAAAUAGUUAAAAAUACAAUUUUUACUACCAGAUAACAUUUUGCAAAAUCAAUUUCUCUCUCCUGUCACACAAAACGCAUCUAUCUUUUUUUUUCGUAGAGAAAAAAAAGCUUCGAGUGCAUCUGCCCUCAAAAAAUACACAUUUAUGUGUUGCACGUGGCGAAAAAGAAGAAAAUUUUUGGUUGUUUGAACUCUGUGCAGAAAAAACAACAUUAUAUUUAUGGCUUGUGGGAAUGUCUAAUGAAUUGAAUCAUACAGUAUUUGAGAGAUCAAAAGAUCAGAAAUUUUUUGUGAUACAAAAAUGAAUAUAGAAAAAAAUUAAAAAAAAAAAUUUUUUUUUGACAAAACAAUAUUGGAAAGUGUCAAAAAACUAGUUUUUCAAGGUUUUUCAGCCAAAAAUUAUGACAAAUCGAUAUUUUUUAAGCUUCUGGAAUAAUUUCUGAUGAAAAUUGACCUUGGAAUUCACUUUCCAGAAGGUUUUGCUGAUUUUUCGUAAAAUAAAGCAAAAUAGGGUUCUCGAAGCUCGUUUUCAUCAGAAAUUACUCCAGAAGCUUGAAAAAUAUUGAUUUGUCAUCAUUUUUGGCUGAAAAACUCGAAAAACUAAUUUUGACCUUUUUUUUGGACAUGUUUCGACUUGAAGAGUAGAGAUAACAUGAAAUUGAGAGAGCGCAGACAUGUAGUUUUCUGUAAAAAAAAAAUUCUGUCUGCUCUCUCUCAAUUUUACCUUGUCUCUAACUAAAAAUAAUACAGUAUAUCAAAAAAUCAAUGAUUUCUUCCAGCCUCCGUCCAAGAAUCGCUCUCAAAAGCUCUCGGAAAAGAAGCCGACGUCAAACCAAACGCCGCUUUCGCCGCCAAAAUCGCCGGAGCCUCCGAAAAAGACAUUGUCCACUCCGGACUCGAAUACACCAUGCAACGAUCCGGUGAAGCCAUCAUCCGCACCGCCCACAAAUACAAUCUUGGACUCGACAUUCGUACCGCCGCCUACGCCAAUUCCAUCGAAAAAGUCUACAACACUUAUAGAACCGCCGGAUUCACUUUCACAUAA